GAUUUUGUGGCAUCGUGUCCUUGUACUUAAUCCCAUACUGCUGUCAAAGGCGCAGCUCGCUGAUUAAAAGAAAUGCAGCAGGCCAUCACAGAGAUCUAGAUACCAAUACUUUCGUUCAUUUCCGCGGCACUUGUUCUCUUUCCAUUGCCUUGGUAUUGUCGGGCUGGCAACAUUGCUGCAAUGUCUAUUGGAAUUUGGCUCUUUGUUGUAAACACGAUCAAUGCUAUAGAUGCCCUCCAGUGGACUGGCGCCUACCAAAUCCCAUUUUUAUUCUGGUGUGACAUUACUUCAGCGCUGGUAACAGCUGUAAAUGUAGCGAUACCUGCGGCGUGCCUCUGCAUUUGUAUUCACCUGGAACGGAUGGCGUCUUUCUGUCAGGCAUCCGCCUCUGUAACAAAGCGACGCCGUAUCUUACUUGAAUGUUUAAUGUGUUUCGGAGUUCCAUUAGUAUAUGCAGCAUUGCAUAUAAUUGUUCAACCUCGACGUUUUGAUGUGUAUGAAAAUUUUGGAUGUCGCUCGGCGAUAUAUCCCACUGUGGUGGCUUUGUUCGUGGUCUGGAUACCGCCGCUUGCACUUUCUUUUCUUACUAUAAUUUUUUGUGGCAUUACUUGGCGUCACUUUCUCCUUCAUGGCGUCCAAUUUUCGAGGACACGUCCAUCUUCCUCGCUCACUUCUGGAGCCUACAUUCGGCUCGUCAGUAUGGCCGUUUCAGAAGUCAUCUGCACUAUUGCCGCGACUGUAGUAGCCAUGUCGUUUAAUCUAAGCUCAGGGCUGGCUCCGUGGGCGGACUUCACCCGAGAUUUGACGGAGGUCUUGUCGUUCAGCUCCGCUGCGACACCUAAAUCAAUCACUGCGAUGCUCAUCACUGAAUGGGCGAUCAUGGUCGCCCAAUCGUUCUUCUUCAUCGGAUUGUUUGUGCUUGGAGGGGAGGGGCGCAGUCGAUUGCGUGAGGCUGUACAGGUGAUGCGCAAGGUUCUCAGCUUUUUUCAGAGACGAUCUACCUGUAUCGCUGAACUCAAAGGUACAUCUAUGGCAGAAGGCGACUUGACACCGGUUCCGUCUCUGACCGUCCUCGAGUUCAAGAAUACCACCUCUCAAUCUAUCACAGCAUGCACUUAUCAUGGCUAUCCAUGUGAUAAACCUCUUCCGCCUUCGCCUGCCCCCUUGCGGCCCCCAUCACUCGACCUUACACAUGCGAAACGAUUGGAAGAAGAUCCUGAAUUCCUUGAUCCCGCGCUCCUUCCUCUAGAUUCACCUUCCAUCUACUCUGUCAUCUCGUCGUCACACAAUUCUCUCCAAUCAAAUUUUGACCCGCAACAACUGUUUUUACCUUCGACGCAGUGGCCAGAACCCCCAUCGACAGUCAUUGUUCGACCACGCCCAGCAAGGCCCCACAGCAUGAACUUUAUCCACAUAGAAGGUUCGCCGUUUUAUGAGUCUGCAGUGCCGCACAAUUACUCGAGGAAUCCGAAGAAUCGUAACGCUGUCUACAUGACAGUGGUCAGGGAAGUCCAAGGAGCAUAUUGAGCUGUCAAUUUUCUUUUCUCGUAUAUCCCUUCCGUUGUCCUUCGCGGUCAUUGACCUUGUGUCGGACAG